AUGGGUGCCAAAGACGUACUCACGCGGAAAGCUGGAGUGAUUGUGGGAGAUGAUGUGCUCAACCUUUUCAAGUAUGCCAAAGAAAAGGGAUUUGCCAUCCCCGCCAUCAACGUCACCUCUUCAUCGACCGUGGUUGCUUCCUUAGAAGCUGCUCGUGACGCAAAUGCCCCAGUCAUCCUGCAAACAUCUCAGGGUGGUGCCGCUUAUUUUGCUGGAAAGGGAGUUGAUAACAAGGAUCAAGCUGCCUCAAUCGCCGGAGCCACUGCAGCCGCUCACUACAUCCGCUCGAUUGCUCCUGCCUACGGCAUUCCUGUUGUACUCCACUCGGAUCACUGUGCAAAGAAGCUUUUGCCAUGGCUUGACGGUAUGAUGGACGCAGAUGAGGCAUACUUCAAGCAACACGGCGAGCCUCUAUUCUCCAGCCACAUGAUCGAUCUUUCCGAGGAGCCAGUGGAGUGGAACAUUCAGACGACCGAGAAAUAUCUUAAACGUGCUGCUCCAAUGAAGCAGUGGCUCGAGAUGGAAAUCGGCAUCACUGGUGGUGAAGAAGAUGGUGUCAACAACGAAGAUGUCGACAACAACUCCCUCUACACCCAACCGGAAGACAUCUACAACAUCUGGUCCACUCUGUCUAAAGUCAGUCCUUAUUUCUCUAUCGCUGCGGCCUUCGGAAAUGUGCAUGGGGUGUACAAGCCUGGUAACGUCAAAUUGCACCCUGAACUUCUUGGCAAGCAUCAGGCAUACGUGAAAGAGAAGGCGGACACGAAGGAGGACAAGCCAGUCUUCCUUGUCUUUCACGGCGGAUCGGGAUCCACUAAGCAAGAGUACAAGGAUGCCAUCGGCCAUGGUGUGGUCAAGGUCAAUCUCGACACCGACCUACAAUUUGCCUAUUUGACCGGGAUCCGGGAUUACGUACUCAAGAAGAAGGAUUACCUGAUGACCGCAGUUGGCAAUCCGGACGGAGAGGACAAGCCGAACAAGAAGUUCUUCGAUCCAAGAGUGUGGGUGCGGGAGGGCGAGAAGACCAUGGGUGCCCGUGUCACCGAAGGUCUGAAGGAUUUCAACACGGCAGGGCAGUUGUAG